GUGUACCCCACUCUGCUGCCUUUGCUCCUACCAAUUCCUUCCUCUUGAUUCUCAAAAUCCAAAUCCUUAUCUUCACACCUUCACCUCUCCACCAUUCACUCCACCUGCUCUUCUUUAUCUCUCUCUUUAUCUUCCUCCAUUUUCCCUGAAUUUCUCUUUCCUUUUUCCCUCCAACUUCUCUUCUCUGCCUCUUGGUAUUUUAGCUUUGCUUUUUGGUUGAAUCUAACAACUUUGUGAAAAGGGUUUGAAAGAUUUUUCCAUAAACAGGUUCAUUUGCUUGGAAAUUUUCGUGGGUGUUCCUUAGAUUUUGAAACAAAGAUCUGUCCGUGCUUUACUUUCUAUAUGGGUUAAGUUUUUCCAUUGUUUUUUGGAUCCAGCAAGGAGAAAAGCCGGAGAGAAAAAAAGUAGAGAAGAAAGGAGGUAGCUUUCUCGUAAAUUGAGCAAAAAGAUUGGGAAAAGAUUAUUCUAAGAAAAAAAGAGGAAGAUGAAGAUUCAGUGUGAUGUGUGCGAGAAAGCUCCGGCAGCUGUUAUUUGUUGUGCAGAUGAAGCGGCUCUCUGUGCUAAAUGCGAUGUGGAAGUUCAUGCAGCAAACAAGCUUGCAAGCAAGCACCAGAGGCUUCUUCUUCAGUGCCUCUCCAACAAGCUACCGAAAUGUGACAUAUGCCAAGAUAAAGCUGCUUUUAUCUUCUGUGUUGAAGACAGAGCCCUCUUCUGUCAAGAUUGUGAUGAACCAAUUCACUCAGCGAAUAGCCUUUCUGCAAACCACCAGCGCCUCUUGGCCACUGGAAUCCGGGUGGCUUUGAGUUCAAGUUGUAACAAGGACACAGAAAAGAGCUACCCAGAGCCACCAAAUCAAAACACACAGCAGAUAUCAACAAAAAUGCCAGCACAACAAAUUCCUAGCUUUGCAUCAUCUUGGGCUGUUGAUGACUUGCUACACUUAUCAGAUUUUGACUCGCCGUCGGAGAAGAAGGAGCCACUUGAAUUCGGAGAGCUGGAAUGGCUAUCGGACGUAGGUUUCUUUGGUGACCAAAUUUCUGAGGAAGCAUUGGCAGCUGCCGAAGUUCCUCAGCUUCCAGAGUCGCAGUCAAACAAUGUUACCUCAUACAGACCUACCAAAUAUAGCACUCCCUUCAAGAAGCCUAGAAUUGAAAUUUCUGAUGAUGACGACGAGCAUUGUACUGUUCCUGAUCUUGGCUGAAGUUAUAGAUGUAUAAGGAUUCUGCUCUGUGGUAUGAUCGAGUUGAUAUGUAUAUGAACAGUGGACAUCCAACAUAAUAAGUACAUAGUUUGUUGCAUUUGUAUACGUAUAUGCAAGAAUUUAUAAUGCAUAUAGGAAAGAUACCAACCAUGGAUUAGCAGAAGUGUCUACUUUUGGAGAUUUUGCUUUCUCGUUUUCUUGUUCAUCUUGAACCAGACGUUUAAUUUUUCUCUGCUUUUGUAUAUCAUUGGUAAUAUGACCAUAUGGUUUACUAAUA